GUUAGAUUUGAGUCAUGAAUUAAUUUUCGUUUAAUUUCAACUGAUUUAAACAAAACAAUAUUUAUUUGCUAAAAAAAUAUAUUUUUAAAGUAGUCAAUCAAUAAGCAAAACAAUGCGGAAUAUUUCAAAAUAAAACUCACUUUUUUCCUGAUAUAAACGUCAAUCCGCGUCGUCUUGCCGAUCACUUUAUAGGCUCUUUCAUUGCCGCAGUAGAACUCGUCGUUUUUCGACGCAAAAUCACAGUCAAAAAUUAAUAAAUCUGGUGCGUUCAGCACCAAUAAAUGCCGUAAGCCAAUUUGAAGCGCCAAUAACAAUGCUCACGGACUUUCUCCCUCGGCCGAACUGCAGCGAAAACCAAAGGGGCGCACUUUCGAGGAUUCACCCUCCAUCAAAUAUCACACAAAGAAAAACGCUCUCUUUGCCAAAUCUCUCGGCGGCACAUGCUCAAAUUAUACGCUGACUUAUUUGCCAAAGGAGUUUCGACCGCGACUGGCAGCAGCAGGAAGAAGAAGAAGAAAGGGAUUUCAAAAGCCGCGACGCUUGGGUGGCCACGCGAAAAUUUAAACGGGGAGAAGGAGUCAAUUAUUUUUCUAAUGGGUGCGCACCCGCAACUCAAAUAUAUGUGCCGGAUAUAGGUCUCUCAGAUUUCUCUAAAUAUUAUGGGUUACCUAAUUUUUGGUACAUAUUUUAUAAAAAUAUUUUACAAGUGUCCAAAGAAGCAAUUUUACAAUAUUGUGAAAAAUUUGUAACAAUAUUUUAUCCUCAUUUUUUUAAAAAUUAUUUUUACAGUCAUAAAUUAAAUAUUUAAUAUUUUUUUAUGUGAAUUAAAUGACACAUUUGAAGAUUUUUAUAUUUUGCUGAUUUUCCUCUUCUUAAUUUUAUUAUGAAACUUAGCAUAUCAAUAGCACCGGAAAUUACACCGAAAGUCAUUGUCUCCAAAUAGACUGCUGAUUUUGCUCCACGCCCUGUUCAUUUUUCACUCUUCCUUGCGUAAAGCCUUGUAUGGAGCGAAUUAGGAUUUGCCCAGAUGUGUGACGAAGCGUGCCACUGCACGGUCGGAGGAGAACGAAACGUGAAGAGAGUAAAAACUGUAAACGUAAUUAAAAAAAAUCUUUAUCACCAAUAAAAAAAGAAAAAUAAACAGCGAGGGACCAUGAGAGAAAGUUGCCUGUAAAUUAUUCCGACCUAAAAUUUAUAACCUGACCUUUAUAUUAAAAUAAAUUAAUGGUGUGUAUUUGAAAAAGGUUUUUUUUUAUUAUCAAAAGUUUAAAAUUUAUUGAUAUUCAAAGAUAUUUAUUUAUAUCAUUGAGUUAUUUCAAUACUAGAAUGUCAUUGUGAAAUAGCUAUCCAAAAUAUGUUUGUAAUUAGAUAAGCAAAUUUUCUUUCCAUCACCAUGGAAAGAUUUUUCAAAUUAUUUGGAUGACUGGGCUGUCAGACGCAGAAGAGCGACCAUCAUGGACGGGUCUGUCAGAUAUGCAGCUGCCGCGAAUUUAAAUCACCUGAGCAAGGAUGACGCUGAGCUGGUGUGGCUGGUGCUGACAAUCGCAGUUCUGACGACCUGGACCCUGAUGGUGCUCUCGUGGGUGCGACACGUCGUAACUUCGCGCACCACCUCUAGCAGACCCGUCCUGCGGAUGCGAACCGCCGGCCUCUCCAGGCUGGACACGGCCCGCGCCCGUCGAGUGCACAAAACCUGCUUGCCCUGCGCCUCCGUCCGACACGGGGUCCACAGCUCAUGCGGGUGCGUCCCGCCUGUUGUGGUGAACGGCCGAGCCGAUUUCUUCGUCACUUAUAAUUGCGCUUCGUUCAAAGCUACCACAAAAACGUCAACGCCAAAAGAGCGAGUGAUUUGCAGGCAUGAGAGGAAACACACCAAUGUGCACAAUUCGACAUUGGCAAGCAAAAAAUCAUGUGACGGUGUCGGAUUUGCUCAAGGUGGAAAUCAGAGUUGCGUUGAAACCAAAAGUACUCCAGAGAGCGUGAAAUAUUCCUCAUACGAAGACGUGUCACUUUCGGAAAUUGCUGAACUAUCGUAGAAAAAUCAUAGAAAAAAUUUGAAAUGAAAAGAAACCCGUGACAACAACGUAUUUACCAUACGGAAGAGUUAAAUCCACUAUUCUUUUAAUCGUGAAUAAAAAUUGAAGAAUAUCC